UAAGAUGUCAUCAUCCAACCAUGCAGUUUCUUGUUUCAAUAGAACUCUCCAGGUUUUAAAAACCCUAAUUUCAUGUGAAAUUUCAAUCCUAAUUAACCAGUUCAAUUUCAACUCCCCUUUCCCCUAAAACCAUGAUUUUACCUUAACCUUAAUCCCCCCAAAAAAACAAUACAAAUUAUUUAAAACAAAGAAACAAAAAAAGAAAAAAAGGGGGGGCUUCAUCUUUUAUUUCUGGUUUUUGCAAACCCAUAAAGAAAAUCCCAGAAAAUAAAAAAAGAAACCCAGAUUUGUUUUUGAGCAAGAACGUCAUUAAAAAGGGAUUUUUCUUUUUUUUUUUUUUGUAAGAAAAUAAAAUUUUCAAAGGAAAUGCCAAGCGUAGCUUUGAAAUUAUACAGUGUGUUCUUCAAGUUCCUCUUGAAGCAUCGGUUGCAGAACCUGAUCCAAAACGCUAUUGACGAAUCAUCCAAUCCAUAUGGUGUUACUACCCGACCCGAAGAAUCCGUUUCCGCUUCCAAUCCUUCGUUCACCGAUGGUGUCGCUACUAAAGACAUCCACAUCGAUCCAUUCACUGCUCUUUCUAUUCGGAUCUUCCUCCCGGAUUCGUCCCUUUCUCCUCCAGAACAGCCCGAUUUGAAACCCAAUCUCAGAUCGUCCGGAAAUGAUGACCCAAAUUCCCAUAAUCACCGCCGGAGUAGUUAUGCCCCGUCGAAUGUCGGAGCUCCGAGAAACGAUCCGAGAAGAAGCAGUUUAGAGGGUUUAAAUUUAAGAUCUGACAACAAUGUUUAUCGAGGUUAUUCACCAUCACCUCAAAAUUGUCGAAAAUUACCGAUAAUGUUACAGUUUCAUGGAGGUGGUUGGGUGAGUGGGAGUAAUGAGUCGGUUGCUAACGAUUACUUUUGUCGAAGGAUAGCGAAAUUGUGUGAUGUUAUAGUCAUCGCCGUCGGUUACAGGCUGGCACCGGAGAAUAAGUAUCCGGCAGCGUUUGAGGAUGGAUUGAAGGUGUUGAACUGGUUAGCAAAGCAAGCAAAUUUAUCAGAGUGUAGUAAGUCGAUGGGGAGUGGAGCGCGUGGGGUUGGAUCAGAGUUCACCAAGGCUGAAGUUCAGAGACAUAUUGUGGAUACUUUCGGGGCUUCAGUAGUUGAGCCAUGGUUGGCUGCUCAUGGAGAUCCAUCAAGAUGUGUUCUACUUGGGGUGAGUUGUGGAGCGAACAUUGUGGAUUAUGUGGCUCGCAAGGCUGUCGAGGCAGGCAAGCGAUUGGAUCCUGUCAAGGUUGUAGCACAGGUCCUAAUGUACCCAUUCUUCAUUGGAAAUGUCCCGACACAAUCGGAAAUAAAGUUGGCAAACUCUUACUUCUAUGACAAGGCAAUGUGCCUACUUGCAUGGAAACUCUUUCUUCCGAAGGAAGAGUUCAGCCUUGACCAUCCAGCCGCCAAUCCACUUAUUUCAGACAGGGGACCUCCUCUUAAAUUCAUGCCACCAACACUGACCGUCGUAGCAGAACAUGACUGGAUGAGAGACCGAGCAAUUGCUUACUCAGAGACACUUAGGAAAGUAAACGUUGACGCACCUGUUCUCGAGUAUAAAGAUGCAGUUCAUGAAUUUGCAACCCUUGACAUGCUUUUAAAGACUCCUCAAGCUCAGGCUUGUGCCGAGGACAUUGCUAUCUGGGUUAAGAAAUACAUUUCAACGCGAGGUCAUGAGUUCUCUUAUUAAGUGGGAGGUUUCAAAUGCGGGAAAAAGGAUUAGGACAAUGCCUCAUCCACUGGCAUCCUUUUCGGUUUGAAAAAGAGAACAAUUACAAGGAUGCCAACAGAGGAUUCGGACAGUGUAUUGUAUUUGUUCUUUCGUGCUAAUCCGAACUUCAGGUUUGCACCUCGGUUUCCAGGUUUAUCCUAUGCCUUAUUCUCUUCUUUUUUUUGUAAGAUAGAAUAAUUUUUUUCUGAUUAUAGAUUAGUGAGUUGACUCAGUUGAGUUGAUAUUACUUGCUUUUGAGUGCUGCACACCACAUUGAGAUGUUGUCAAUAACAUUCUUUUUUUUUUUUUUUUAUAACCCUGUGAAUUAUAAUGUACUAUUUCUAGCCAAUAGAGUUUUUGAUUUAUUCAAUGGAACACAUUAUUAUUUGCAA